AUGACUUUGGAAAACAGGAAGAGACUUGUGCAGUUGGCGAGAAAGCAUGAUGCUCUACUGAUAUCUGACGAUGUCUACGACGUGCUCCGGUGGCCGGCGAAGGAGGGUGUCUCGGCUGAAGCUCUUCCAAAGCCUAGCCCACGCUUGGUAGAUGUGGACAGAGAGCUAGAGGGCACAUCAACGUUUGGGAAUGCGGCCAGUAAUGGCUCCUUCUCCAAAAUCGUCGCGCCUGGCAUGAGGCUUGGCUGGAUUGAAGCAACUCCCGUUUUCUGCACCAACAUUCGUACUGUCGGCGCUACGGCUUCAGGUGGCGGGCAAGCUCACUUUUCCUCUCUCUUCGUGGAAAACAUGCUCGCAGAGGGAGCCCUGACUCGGCACAUCAACGAAGUACUGAUUCCUACCUACCAGAAGCGCUACUAUGCCAUGGUCAACACAAUCAAACGUGUUCUCUAUCCGCUGGGCGUGAGAAUUGCUGCGGAGGAGGCCGCGCAAGAGAGCAGUGUCGCUGGUGGCUUCUUCCUCUACAUAACCUUUGGCGAUGGCGGCGCCGACUGUGCGUCGGAAAUUUCGCGGGUUUCUUUUGAAGACUUCAACUUGAAGAUUGGGCCAGGCCAGAUAUUCGGCGUGCCUGAUGACCCUUACAGUGAGCAAAGGGGUAGGCAAUCAUACUACAGCGGCGCAAGACUUUGCUGGGCGUGGCAUGAGGAGGAGGAAAUUGUUGAAGGCAUCGAGCGAUUGGCGGUUGUGAUCAAGGGCGUUCAAAAGGCGCUGAGAUAG